ACAAGUUCUUCGGUGAUGCUCCAGAAGAACUGUUGCUUCUGGUACCAAAGGGCAGGGCGUGCAAAGCAAGGGGCCCUUGACCUCCACCUCCUGAGAGGUGAGGGCGAAGGUUCCUGCCUCAGAGGUGUCCGGUCACCAGGGAAACUGUCCUCUGACCCCAAGGUGAAAAUAAGAAGCCAGUGGAGAGAAGAAAAGUCCUUCCAGACCCGCCAUCCCCUCGGAGCUCACCCCUGGAGCGAAGGCGGGAAGACAGCUCCGGGCCGGCCCACAGAUCCUCAGAGGGCGAGGACCCGGAGGAGGCGCCCCGGCAGGCCGCGCCUCUCGGAGGAAGUUUGCCCUUUAAUUGCAGAGCCCGGAUCGCCGUCGCACCAACUUCCAGGAGCGGGCAGCGGGCGCCGUCGGGAGCGUCAGUCCCUCCCGCCCCGGCAGCCGCGGCGCUCCGCAUCCUCCGGCACCGUCACCAUGGGUGGCUCGGCCUCCAGCCAGCUGGACGAGAGCAAGUGCGCCUACAUCCGAGGGAAAACGGAGGCAGCCAUCAAAAACUUCAGUCCCUACUACAGUCGCCAGUACUCUGUGGCUUUCUGCAAUCAUGUGCGCAGUGAAGUAGAACAGCAAAGAGAUUUAACAUCACAAUUUCUGAAGACCAAGCCGCCACUGGAGCCGGGAACUGUUUUGUAUGAAGGAGAACUGUCACAGUUUGCUGAGGACAUAAAGAAAUGGAGAGAGAGAUAUGUUGUGGUUAAAAAUGACUUUGCUGUGGAAAGCUAUGAGAACAAAGAGGCCUAUCAGAAAGGAGCUCCCCCUAAAAGCCGAAUUCUUCCUGCUGGUGGCAAGGUGCUAACCUCAGAAGAUGAAUACAAUUUAUUAUCUGAUCGGCAUUUCCCAGACCCUAUUGCGUCCAGUGAGAAGGAGAACACGCAGCCCUUUGUGGUCCUGCCCAAGGACUUCCCGGUGUACCUGUGGCAGCCCUUCCUCAGACACGGCUACUUCUGCUUCCGGGAGGCCGCUGACCAGAAGAAGUUCAGUGCGCUCCUGAGUGACUGCAUCAGACAUCUAAAUCAUGAUUACAUGAAGCAGACGACAUUUGAAGCCCAAGCCUUUUUGGAAGCUGUUCAAUUCUUUCGACAGGAGAAAGGACACUAUGGCUCAUGGGAAAUGGUCACUGGGGAUGAAGUCCAGAUCCUGAGUAACCUCGUAAUGGAGGAGCUCAUGCCAACCCUUCAGACAGACAUCCUGCCUAAAAUGAAGGGGAAGAAGAACGACAGAAAGAGGGCCUGGUUUGGGCUCCUCGAAGAGGCCUACCACCUCGUUCAGCAUCAAGUUUCAGAAGGAUUAAGUGCCUUGAAGGAGGAGUGCAGGGCUCUGACGAAGGGCCUGGAAGGAACCAUCCGUUCAGACAUGGAUCAGAUUGUGAACUCAAAGAACUUCUUAAUUGGAAAGAUCAAAGCAAUGGUGGCUCAGCCAGCAGAGAGAAGCUGUGCAGAGAGUGUGCAGCCGUUCCUGGGGUCCAUUCUGGAGGAGCUGAUGGGACCCGUGAGCUCGGGAUUCAGUGAACUGCGCUCACUCUUUGAAAAAGAAGUGGAUGAACUUAGCCAGAGCUUUCAGACCACCAAAGACAGUGCCCAGCUAAAGGAGCAUCUAGACCAGCUUAUGAAUCUUCCACUGGAUUCCGUGAAGAUGGAGCCUUGUUAUAAUAAAGUCAACCUGCUUCAGGAGCACCUUCAGGAUCUCAAGAGCCGCUUUAGGUUCCCCCACAUCGAUCUGGUGGUCCAGAGGACGCAGAACUACAUGCAAGAGCUGAUGGAGAACGCAGUAUUCACUUUUGAGCAGUUGCUUUCUCCACAUCUCCAAGGAGAGGCCUCCAAAACCACAGUCGCCAUUGAGAAGGUUAAGCUCCGAGUCUUAAAGCAAUAUGAUUACGACAGCAGCACCAUCCGGAAGAGGAUAUUUCAAGAGGCGCUGGUUCAAAUCACGCUGCCCACCCUGCAGAAGGCUCUGGCAUCCGUGUGCAAACCAGAGCUUCAGAAAUAUGAGCAGUACAUCUUUGCCGAUCACACCAAUAUGAUCCAUGUUGAAAAUGUCUAUGAGGAGAUUUUAUAUCAGAUCCUCCUAGAUGAAAGUCUGAAAGUGAUAAAGGAGGCUGCUAUCCUGAAGAAACACAAUUUGUUUGAAGACAACAUGGCCUUGCCCAGUGAAAGCGUGUCCAGCCUCACUGAUCUAAAAACUCCUGUGGGGUCAAACCAGGCCAGCCCCGCCAGGAGAGCCUCGGCCAUUCUGCCCGGAGUUUCAGAGAGUGAGAUCCUGAAUAAUGAGGUGUUCCAGGAGGCAGGGGAGAUGAAACAGCCAGAGGCCCCUAGUCCAUUGGCCAGAGAGGAAGGCCUUUCCCUCCCUGUGUCCAACCCUCCCCCAGAUGGGGACAGGCAGGUCAUCGAUUCAAGUAUAGAUGGCCCGGUUGUGAAUCUGGUGGCUACAGAGGUGCCAGCAGGCGCCCUGGGCACACACUUGUCACAGCUGGAGUUGGAGGAGGCUCCUGAGGACCGAGAACCCACCCAGGAAGACGCAGAACCCACCUCUGCCGCAGGCUCCUUGAAGGAGCUCAGAAAUUUGCUGACGGUGACCGUCGAAGUGCCAGAGGAGUCCGCUGUGCUCGAGGUUGAGAAAGAUACACAUGAGGAGACCCUUGUUCCCCAAGAUAUUGAAAAAGAAGAGGAAGCAACCCAAAUCGACACAGAGGCCAGUCAAGCGUCUGCCUCGGGUCAGGACAACUGUGAAGAAAGUGAAGUCAGUGAGGGGGAGGCCCAUGGUCCAGCUCCCAAGGCCGAGGCCAGCGGGGUGGAGCCGGGAGGAUUUCCAGACAUUCAGCCAGCCGGCGGGGGGCUCAGUGAGGGGGCUUUGGGCCCAGACCCCACAGAAGAGCCAGGAGAGGCAGGAGAGUCCCCUGAGAGCAAGCUCACAGGGGGUGCUUCCGGACUGGGCGCCCUGGAAGGAGGAGAGCCCGUGUGCUCUGUGGAGGCUGAGGCUGCGCCCCUAGAAGCUUGCAUGGUCCGUUCUGACCCCGUCAGCCCCAGGGAAAGCCAGAUUUCUGUGGAAGAAGAGGCGGUGGGCGGGAGCUGCAGCACAGCCCAGCCUGCCACUAGCGAGGAUGCCCAGGAGAGGAAGGCCGACCCCGUUCCCCAGUGUCAGUGGGUGGCGGAGAACGACGUGAACCCCGACACCCUAGAUACACAGAGAGAAGACCCCCCAGAGUCCCCUUCAGAGGAGUGAAAGGGACAACGUGGCCAAAGUCUUUCUUGGAACAAACUCAACCAAAAGGGGGAGGGGGGGUGCCUGCAAGUUGUUACCAAAAAAAAAAAAAACAAAAAAGGCAUGAAAUACUUCUUUAAUUUGUAUAACGAAGCCAGAGGGAGUUGCACACGGCAGGAGCACUGAGGCAGACCUUUGAGGAUGGAACUGUCCUCCCAUGAAUUAUGGCUUUAGCAUUUUAAUAGGAAUUACAAAGGUAAUGGAGUGUGUGGGGGAUGAGAGGCAGCUGAGGGGCCCAGGGCGGGAUGGGGCUGCGGGGAAGGCAGAGACAGCCGGGCACCCUGCACAUUCUCUUCUAAUGCACUUUAAGGCUUCUUCAUGUUCUGUGAGAAUGCAAAGGUAGAUCCUGUCAAUCCAGCCUCACCGUUUGUCCAAAGCCAGGCUGCAGGAAAGGGAGAUGGUGCGUGCCGGCGCCUCCCGCCUGCUGUGUGCGGCCCGCAGAGCCUGAGAGAUCAGCCUGAGACAUCCCAGGAAGGCUGAGCGGAAGCAGAGCAAGGCUGUGGUCUGGGGGGCUGGCUGGGCCUCUUACCAAUGCCGCUAUCAAUUUCCUACUAAUUAAUCUUGUUAAUUCUUAUUAAUGAAUCACUUUUUGGAGAACAUGAGAUGAGGCAAGGAAAUUUCUUUGGCAUGUUUAAGGCUGAAAGCAUUCCAAAUUAGCCUUAGACAGUGCAGAGAAAGAGCUUAGCUAAAUUAUCAAGCAUAAAGCCAACCAAUUAAACAUUAUUUGAACAGCUAUUCUACAAUACAUGCUGUGUUAGGCAUAGUAACAAAAAAGAACAAAAGAAAAAAAAAAAGAUUAGGUGCUUGUCUAGCAUAAAUGAAAGAACCCAAAGGAAUUUAAUCUGAAAGAAAAAAUAUAUAUACUGAUUUUCAAAACAUGACAACUUACUUUCUUUCCAUUGAAACAGUCCUGGUUUAUUCCCAAGAGGGAAUAAAGUGAAUAAAUGAAUAAAAGAAGAAAGGAAAGAGGAAAGUAAAAGGGAGACAGAAAGGAAGAAAGAGAGAAACCAAGUUAUAGAUCAUUAAGUUCCAAAGAUGUUACCAACAAUGGAAAUUAUUUGCUCAGUUGUUCAGCAAAUUGAGUCUCGUUAUGUCCCAGGCACUCACACUGUAGUGAAAGAGGCUCUGUUCCUUUCUCCCAGAACUUGCUUUAAUGGAAAUAGAUGGAAAUACAUUUUCUAAAUGGAUGACCUUUACCUGUGAGUGUUACAGGUGGAAUGAACUUUCUUGCCAAAGAUUAAAAAGAUGUAUUUUCUUGUCCUUCAGAAAAAUACCAGAUGAUUUUCUAAAAGCUUUAGUCCCAGGUCUACAUCUUGAAAUUUCCUUCUACAAAUUUUAGUAUUAGAUCACAACAUAUUGUCCUAAGAGCUGUUUUGCUAAUCAUCAGCAAGUAGUUAAUAUCAGGUUUUUUUUUUUUAAGAAUUUGUCCAUAGUUUGACCAUUUAACCAGGAAUUAAAAUAUCUCUCUCUCCAUCUCCCUAUGAAGAAUUGCUUGGAUUUCUGGGUCAUAGGGGAUGAAAAAUAAUCAGUAUACUCUCAUUUUGAAUUGUUUCACCCUUGGCUCAGACAGUAAAGAAUCUGCCUGCAAUGCAGGAGACCUGGGUUCAAUCCCUGAGUCAGAAAGAUCCCCUGGCCAAAAGAAUAGCUACCCACUCCAGUAUUCUUGCCUGGAGAUCUAAACACUUGGCAUGUUUAGAUCCUCUCGUUAUAGGUGGAAGGCAGAGGUCACUCCCCUCCCUGGUCCUUAUCACGCAUAUCCUUGCAUUUGGCACAAAAUAUUGCAAUUAUGUUUACUUCCUGUCUCUUCCAGGGGCUCCUUCCUUCAAGGACAGACACUAGGGUUUAGUCACCCUGUGUACUUCCUACACAUGCAGACUUGAAUAAUGGGCUCCUCGGCUUCUCAAGUCACUUUAAUAUCCCUAGUGCCUAACAAGGAACUGCUUGUGUCGGGCUCCUCAGGAAAUGUGAGAACUGAUCACCCACCACACCGCUGUGCUGGGGCUAUUUGGGGCUUGCUGUCAGGCAAGGAGAUAUAUUUUACUUGGGCUUUUUGCCCUUGGGAGUCUUCCCUUAAAUCAAGUCCAAAGUCCAAAAGGCAACUGGCCAGAUGGUCUGAUGCCCUGCCCAGUGAGACCGAGAGCCAAAGGAGCAGUGCCCAGCCUCCCCAAGGACUGCCCUUCUCUCCGAGAGAAUGGUGAUCAGCAAGCAAGGAGGUCCUGGUGCAGGCUAAGCCCACGUAGAAGCUUCUAGCUUCCUCCCUUUUGCUCACCUCAGGGCUCCUGGCCCCGCUUGGAAAGCUGAGAGAUUUUUCCAACCCUAAACGAGAGUAACUGUCACUUCGUUGGAUGGAUGAACGGCAGUGUCUACCCAUCCGCAGGUAGAGGGGACCAGAUAUUAAGAGGAAGGAUGGAGCUGAGAACGCAGAGAGUUUUUCUGUACGUAUUUCACAAGAGACACGUCCACUAGAUUAAGUCAGGUGAGUGUUCCAUCUGAAGAUGGAACAGGAAAUUAAAGUGCAUUAAAAUUUCCUUAUUUGUUUUACAUGUUGAAUGGAAUAGUUUCCUAUUACUGGGAGUUUCUCUUGCUUUUGAUACAGACUUGUCUAGAUUGCUUCAGUGGUUUCCAGGUUGGAGCAAGGUUAUUGUGAUUUAAGUAAGCAGCAGGAAAAGCCUCUGAAGGCUGCUCAGGGGCUCUCUCCUAUGGACAAAUUUCUCUGAAAUGCAUAAAACCUCAAGACAUGGUUUUUGGCAAAAGUUCCAUGACUAGUUUUGUUUUAUUGAUCUUUCACAAAGGAAGAAUAUUUUCCUUAAAAAAGAAUUCACUUGUCAGUUUUUCCUUUGCAGCUUAGAGCAGAGUCAGUAGUGUCUUGCAUUAUUCAGAGUAAACUCAUUUCAAAAACAAAUGCAUUUUGGAGACAACAAGGAAAAGAUUCCAGCUUGUUCAAAAUUUUUAGAAAGAGACCGAGUAUGAAGAAUUAUGGGUCUUCAUGCACCAUCUUCUGCAUUUUACUACAGAGAAUCUCAAGUCUGGUUUCAUAACCUUCAGAUUAGAGCUAGUGAUUUCAAAGGGUUCCACGAUUCUCUCAGAUUUCUUUAUAAAAAGUGCUAAAUGACGUAUGCUAACCUAGCAAGUUUAAUUUGGGGAAGAGAAAGACAUCGCUGACUAAAAUAAAUAAUACAGUUUCACUCGCUGAAAAAGUCAGUUACAUGUACCUUCUUUACUGUAAACAAGUGGGUUUUACAAUUCGCUUCUGAAGUCUGCAACCUCAAUAAGGAAAUCUACACUGUGGAUUGGUUUUUCUGGUCACUAUAUAAAGCAAAUAAACUUAAACCACUUUGUAAUCACAUAUUUACCCUGCCAAGUGCCUAUAUUGCAAUAAAAUGUUUGUCCUUGAAAAA